AUGGCACCGCCCAGUGGUCACGCGGCCACUGCGAUCGUCCAGGGCGCAGACCGCCGCGAUGCAGAUGAGGAGGCACUGGAAGCGGCACUGCAGGAAUCACUCGCUCGAGAUUUUAUGGCUGAGAUCUUGCGCUCGGAAGAUCAAACUCGCCGUCAAGUCGUCAGCAAUCUACAAGGCGGUCAUGUGCAGCUUCGAACGGCAUUACACGGACAAGAAUGCGAGCAGCGACAGCAAAUAAAAGAUAGAAAAAACAACGAAGAAGGAGAAAACGAAGAAGAAGAAGCAGAAGAAAAAGGAGAUGGAGAGAGCGGUGAAGACGAUGAAGAUGGCCAAGGGUUUUUUGGUCACGAGUCAAGAGCUACAGUAGCAGGAGAAAGCUUGCAAGACGAGGAGGAGGAGGAGACAGAAGAAGACCCGAAUGAACACCACACGAUGCUGAACGUUGCUGACAUUUUGCUCAUUGACAUUUUCAAGUGGCUGGACGAAGAUGCCAUUGGCAUCUGCGCUUGCACGUGCAAACGAAUGCUGCACGUAAGCCGGUCGGAAAUUCUCUUUGAGGCAUUGUGCCGACGUAUCUAUCCUGUGCAGAACCCGAGAGCCGCUGUGGCAGUCGCUCGCAACAAGUUUGGGCUGCGUCGUUUUCCGACGUGGUAUGGCAUGUUUCACGAUCGACCGCGAGUACGUUAUAACGGAUUCUAUUGGCUCAAGGUAUCGUACUACAAGAAGCCGGAGCUGAGCAUGUGGACAGGUGUCGUGCCUGGCACGAUCUUGAAGUGUGUAUACUACCGCUACUUCUCGUUCCAGCGAGAUGGCACAGUGUUGUAUGGUAUGCUGUUCAAAGCUCCACACGAUGCCGAGGCGCACAUUCGUGACAGACGCAAGGGCGUCUACAGCGGAACAUUUUACGUCGAUAAGAAUGAGCUGAUGGUGACGGUGCCUACAAACUGCAAUGAGGUCAACUUCCGACUGACAAUCACGCAACGAGAACGUGGCAGAAACGUCAAGUUAGUUUUGAAGGAGCACUUCGCCAGCUCCGAGCCCGACGGCAGCGGUCGGAUCAGUUACUAUGACACCGCAGACGAAGAGUUCUACUACUACCGAUUGUGGAGCCUGUGA